AUGGCGAACUUCGUCAGCACAUCUCUCGACCUCAUCCGUCGACACAAACCACGACAGCAUCACCUCCACUCACGAUGGGGCGACGUUGGGAUCACACCUCCCGUCGAAGGCUCCUGGUCUCAGAUAAAUAAUCCCUAUCUCCGCGGGGAGAAGAAAUACGGACCUGGGUUUGUGCCCGCAUUAGACGUGGACGACAAGGAAGUUUUGCUUGUUAACCACUAUGAUGGCGACACAUCUGAGCACGAAUCCUUCGCAGAGGGUGAGCAGGAGGAGGAGCAAGAGAAGAGGGAGAAAACCACAGACCCGAAACAUCUAUCAAAAGCUAGACGACUGACCCGGAUCCUAUUGCCUUCGAGUGUGAAUACAUCUGCUAGAAAGUCCGCUGAAAAGGGUAAGGUGGGCGAGUUUCUAUACACACCAAUCAACGCAAACUAUGCGCAGGAAGUUGAAGAGCAUGCAAUGAUGCAGAGCAGACCUGGGUUCCGUUAUGUGCCUGCCAGCAAGCAUUAUUUGCGGGAACUGAAAAUGGAUAUCGUUGGCUUGAGUGACGACGAAGACGAGCGAUACCGUCACGAAGACACGGACAACGAUGCCGAGGAUGAAGAUGAGGGAGAAAGAAAAGGAAGCCUUAAGCAACUUAAGAAACAACACCGCCAUCAAGAACAAGUUCGCAGCCAUUCGUGCGAACCUUAUAUCAGCGGGGGCCAGCCAAUUGCUGGGGCCGAACGAAGAAGGAAACCUCGCUCUCGAACCACUGAAAUUAUAAAGACUGCAACCAGAAAUGCAUCACAGCCGGCGGCUUUGCCCCCUGGCGGUUUGAGUCGAAAGUUGAGUUCGCGCGUGGGCAGCAGCAGCAGUGCUUCACGACAGCGAAAGUAUGAGCAGAGUCCGAGCCUUAGCGAAGCUCAGGAUCAAAGCCGAGGACGACUCAUGCACUCUCGGACCAAGUCUCCGGCUGCUCUUGUUCAGCGAUCGAAAUCUACUACAAUCAACAAGCUGCAUCGACGGACGAUGACUCUUGAAAUGGUCGGUGAUCAAGAGGACCUGUGGUAA